AUGCUCAACGUCCUGGCGCAAUGGGUGGCUGAAUACCCCGGAGAUUUUGCAAGCGCGAUGCCCCGAAAACAGCUUACGGAAUUUAUUUCCCACCUGGAGAAAAACAUAGUCUUUGCGUUUGCGGCGAAGGAGAUGAGCUCAUCGCUUGAGAAAUUUGUCGAAGAUGAUGAUGCGUCCUGGGCCGUCAAGGAGGAUAAAGCCGAGUCUGAAAACGUGGAAACAUUCUUGGAUACUUCUGCCCAGAGCUCUCCCGCCACUUCCAUCAUACAAAGUACUGACGACAAUGUCCCGGCAAUGACUGCUUUAGACCUAAACGAAGAAAUUGUCGAUCACGAAUCUCAAUAUUCAAACAUAUCAACGGCGUCCACUCUGAAUAGAUCGGGAAGCAUAUCCAGCCAAUCGUUUAAAACACUAUUGAAUAUAGAAACAGCACAGCGAGAAGCACAGCGUCUUGAGAUAAUACCGCGCCAUAACCUAGGAAAAACACAAUGGCGCAUUUUUAUGGAGAUACCGGACGAAGACUUUGCUCGAGAACUUACCCGGAUUGACUGGGUGAUGUACACCGCAUUUAGACCCCGGGAGCUUAUUCGCCACAAAUUACGCCAAUUGUUUAAUUAUAAUUCCCUCGGCGCUAUCAUUGCAGGGCUGAACGGAACCCCUAUCUUCCGACUGGCCCAAACCCGAGAACUGGUUUCGCACAAUGUUCAGAAGCAAUUUAUGAGUUUGGUGAUUUUGAUGGGUACCCAGAAGAGCCACUUCGCUUAUCGACUUGCUUGGGAAAACUCCUUUGGGGAACGGAUACCCUUCCUGCCGCUCCACCUUCGAGACCUGGUAUCAGCGGAAGAAGGGAACAAAACGUUUGUUGGCGAUCGCAUUAACUGGCGCAAGUUCGAAAUAAUGGGUGAUGUAAUCCUCGGAAUCCAGCAAAGCCAAAGGACGCCGUUCCCGUCGUUUCACAUCAACGAAAUAGUUCGGCGCCUGGUGUUGGGGGCGAGAUUCGAAGGGGAUGACGAAUCGAAGCUUGCAGGUUGA